AGGAAGUGAUAAGGAGGAGCGACAGGAAGGUUAUUUAUACAGGAGCAGAUCCCAUCGUAUGGAUUUUCAGCCAUGACGUUCUACAGAGUGAUCUAUGUGUUGACUGUGCUGACCGUGCUCACACCAGAGUCUCAGUCACAAGAGGAUGUUUGUGGCAGAGCCACUCUGAACACCAGGGUCAGGAUUGUUGGUGGUCAAACAGCUGUGGAAGGCAGCUGGCCCUGGAUGGUCAGUGUGCACAGAGAUGGAUCCCACAUCUGUGGAGGAUCACUGAUUAACAACCAGUGGGUGCUGAGUGCAGCUCACUGCUUCACAGUUACUUCCACGAGCCGGUAUCUUCUGUACAUGGGUCGCCAUAGUCAAGAGCUCUCCAACCCAAAUGAGGUGUCACGAACGAUAUCACAGAUCAUCAACCACCCAGACUACAACAGCCGCACCAGUGACAACGACAUCUCCCUGCUGAGGCUCUCCUCUCCGGUUACUUUUACCACCUACAUCGUCCCCGUCUGCCUGGCAUCGCCCAGCUCCACCUUCUUCACCGGCGUUGAUGUGUGGGUCACCGGCUGGGGAGCCACCAGGUUUGGUGGGAGUCUUCCUUCCCCACAAAACCUGAUGGAGGUGGAGGUGCCGGUUGUGGGGAACAGACAGUGCAACUGUGACUACGGCGUGGGCACAAUCACAGAUAACAUGCUGUGUGCCGGCUUACGAGAGGGAGGGAAGGACUCCUGUCAGGGUGAUUCAGGUGGUCCACUGGUGGUCAAGCUGAAUGACCGCUGGAUCCAGGCUGGAGUUGUGAGUUUCGGAGAAGGCUGUGCCCGACCUGAACGUCCAGGAGUCUACACCAGAGUGUCCCGGUAUAUGACCUGGAUAAACGAGCAGAUUAGCAGCAGCCAGCCGGGCUUCGUCACCUUCAGGUCCUCUGGGACAGACAGUGACCUCAGCGUCACCUGUCCCGGUCUGCCUCCAGUUCCAACAACCAUGGCUCCAUCGACCACAGCCAGGCCUGUGGUCUGUGGUCAGGCCCCACUGAAUUCUCGUCUCCAGGGUGGAAGCUCCGUGUCCUCGGCCGGUCAGUGGCCCUGGAUGGCCAGUUUACAGAGGAAUGGAAGUCACGUAUGUGGUGGGACUCUGGUGGCCGUGGACUCGGUGCUAAGUGAUGCCAACUGCUUCUCAAGUCCACCCGUUGCAUCUGAAUGGACGGUCAUCUUGGGUCGUUUGAGACAGGUGGGGUCCAACCCGUUCCAGGUGACCCUGAAUGUGACCAAUAUCACUGUGAGUAACCUGACCGGCUCCAACGUGGCAGUGCUGAAACUGGCCUCCAAUCCCACCCUGUCCAACUACAUCCAGCCCAUCUGCAUGGACAACGGACGGACCUUCGCUGUGGGUUCCACCUGCUGGGCUGCAGGCUGGAGCUCUGGACAAGGAGGGGCGGAACAGGUUAUGCAGGAAGUCCAGACCUCGAUAGUAAACUGUGGGAAUACAUCAACCAGCGACGCUAUUUGUACUGGAAUGUUUACACUGAAUGAGGGGGAUUAUGGCGGUCCGCUGAUGUGUAAGGUGGACAACUCCUGGUUCCAGGCAGCAGUUUUAACCAACGCCAACAGCACCCGGCAAGCACGAGAGGCUGCAAUGAACACUUUCACCCAGCUGAACCGUUUCCAGUCUUUCCUGUCCAGGAACGUGGGGACCUUCUUAUCUCCACCGUCCACCGCCAACCCCACCUCCAGUCCGAACACCACCAGUAACACCGACGCCAACGCCACCACAGCCCACAGCAGCGCAGGAGCCACCACUCCCUCCAGCACCUUCAUCCUCUUCCAUCUCCUCAUCAUGUCCCUGUGCUUCCACCUCUGGAAGUAGAAACUGUUUCUAUGGAAAUUCAUUUUACAGGAUGUGACGGACACAAAUGAAUGUAAAAAGACAUGUUUUUACCGACGCUUUAAGGUUAAAACUGCUUUAACUCAUUGUUGACAAUCAGUGUAACUCUGCAGACGACUGAGAGCAAACGAGUAAUGAACUGAGUGGGUGGUCCUACAGAUUCCUACCUUCCUUGGUGACAAGAAUUUGAUUUAUUACAAAAAUGAACAAUACAUAAUCAUCAGCUACACAGACAUCUGCAGAAAUAGAAAAGAGAGCUGGAAAAGUAAAUGGUGUCCAAUCAGAUCGUGCAGAUCAAUACAGCAGUUUAAUUAUGUUCCAUAAAGGCCUCACAGGCUGGUGGCUCAUGUCAUAUUUACAAGAAAUCCACUGACGCAGCAUUUUUUAAUCAGCAUCUCAUUUUGGGCCUGCAAAUGUGAUAUUAUAUUGGACAAACAAAGAAUAAUUAAUAUUUUAGACCCCUUAUCUACAAAUACUUUACAGUGGCACUUAUAAUUAGCAUAUCCACAUUAUUUAACAAAAAUCAGUGGAGGCCCAUGUGUUAUUUUUGCCUCAUGGACCUUUUAUAAACUCCACCAUGGAAUGUGUGGAUGUUAUAACCUUUAGAGAUGAUGGUGAUGAUGCAAAAACUGGGAUUUGUCCAGAGUGAGGAUGAACAUUCCCCUCAUAAUAAGUAUUCAGAUGGUGGUUUUAAAGUACGACAAGAAGCAUUAAACAGGAAAUACAGAUUACUGGUGUUUUUACUCUUAAAACCCAACAUGAUAAUUUGAUAGUGCAGCUGUUUAUGUGCUACAAAAAGCAUCUGUAAGAUUAAUUACUCAACUUCCAGCCCACUUCAGUUCAAUCAGCAUUUUCAUUUUGUUAUUGUUACAAUACUACAAUCUACUUUCAUUUUGUCUGAAGACGACAGCUUAUGUUAAAAAAAAAAAAUGAAGGGUAUGAUUUGGAAGUAAAUUAAGUUUGUUUUUUUUUGCACUGACAAAAGCUUGAAACCCACGUUGCAUAGCACUUUGUAUAUUUAACCUCCUAAGACCCAGACAUUGUCAGCAGAGUACAAGCUUUUUUGUUUUUUAUUAAAUAAGUGCCUUUUUUAUUGCUCCUGCUGUAAUACUUUUAAUGUUUAAUGUAAAGCACUUUGAAUUGUCUUAUACAUGAAAUGGGCUCUAGAAAUAAACCUGUCUAUAUGGAAAAAUCAGGAUGCAACUGUUUUUUCAGAUGCACUUUUUAAAAAUUUUAUGGAAUGUCCUUUGUGGUGGACAGUUUUCUUUUCUUUUUUUUUUUUUUUUUACAUCAUUACAAAAAUGUUAGUAACCUGUAUAGUUAUUUUAAUUGACUUUACAUUCAGUCUGUCUUAGAAGAGAACAUAAAUUUAGAUCCAAAAUAUCCAGAUUUGCCUGUAGUUGUUGGUCGUCAUCAUCUACCUGACACAAGCAGAUAUUUUCCGUCAUGUAAAGUACUUUUUGGACAUGACAGCAGGACACUCAGUAUGCACAGACAGUAUUUACUCUAUUUCCAGCUGAACUGGGGGAUUAUUCACAGUGAAACUUAAAUGUCAGUUAGUCUUCCCUAAUACUAUCAGGAUAUGAAACAAACCUACAAAUUUGAGUUCCCGUUUUAUAUUUUGUCAUAAUAACCUGCUUUUGAAUGAAGUGGACUAUUUGGAAUAAAUGCACGGACAUAAUAAAUAAAUAUAUUUUUAAGCAUA